AUGGCACAAGCUCAAGGUUUUGGGAGAAAAUACAUUAAAGCCUUUUUUAAAGGUUUCUUUGUUGCUGUCCCGGUAACAGUGACUUUCCUAGACAGAGUUGCCUGUGUAGCAAGAGUGGAAGGAGCAUCAAUGCAGCCUUCUUUGAAUCCUGGGGGAAAACAAACAUCUGAUGUAGUGCUUUUAAACCACUGGAGUAUUCGAAAUUACGAUGUACAACGUGGGGAAAUUGUGUCACUGGUGUCCCUGUACCGAGUCAUCUAUCUUCUGGCAAGCAGGAACUGCAAAAGAGGUUGUGCUGACAUAGAAGCUAAAUAAUCACUUUACUUUUUGGGCCUCAGUGACC